AUGGCGACCGAGUUGACAGUGCAGUCCGAGCGCGCCUACCAGAAGCAGCCUCAUAUCUUCCUCAACUCCAAGGCAAAGGGCGCGAAGAGCAGGAGAGUCGGCAAGGGCGGUCGAAGAUGGUACAAGGACGUUGGCUUGGGCUUCAGAACACCAAAGACGGCGAUUGAGGGAUCAUACAUUGACAAGAAAUGCCCUUUCACAGGUAUGGUCUCCAUCCGAGGCCGUAUCCUCACCGGCACCGUCGUUUCCACCAAGAUGCACCGAACCUUGAUCAUUCGCCGAGAAUAUCUCCACUUCGUUCCCAAGUACGCCCGAUAUGAGAAGCGACACAAGAACCUGGCUGCACACGUUUCCCCGGCUUUCCGUGUUGAAGAGGGUGAUACCGUCACUGUGGGCCAGUGCAGACCCUUGAGCAAGACAGUCCGAUUCAACGUUCUUCGUGUGUUGCCCAGAACUGGCAAGGCUGUCAAGGCGUUCCAGAAGUUCUAA